UCCGCCCCUUCCCCUCUCGGCGCAGCUGCGGCCCCAGCUCUGCGGCUCCCCGGCUACCCCGGCCCCCCGGGCCCUCCAGGACGCCUCCCCCGGCUGCGGAGCGGCCUCGGCGAUGGAGCUGCGCCCAGCAGCCGAUGCUCGGCGGCCGGCGCGCCGUCCUGCCCCCUGCUCCCGCUCGUCUGCCGGACCGAUUGUCUCCGAGGAGAAGGAAGAGCUGCAGCGGCUAAGAGGUUAAAGAAUGAAGACGGCGGGCCGACUCUUUUCUAUCCCACUGUGCUUCUUGGUCCUCAUUGUCCUCUAUGUCAUUUUCUGCAAUCAGUUGUGCACACAACUGUGUUGGAAGGCAUGCCUAACCUCAAGUCAACGUCGAGAGAGCCUCUGGCCCACAGUGCCUGGCCCCCUGCACUUUCAGGGUUACAGCAGUGUGCCCGAUGGCAAGCCUCUGGUCCACAGGCUUUGUCGCCGCUGUGCCCUGGUUUCUAGCUCCGGUCAGAUGCUUGGCUCUCGCUGGGGACCAGAGAUUGAUGGGACGGAGUGUGUGCUGCGCAUGAACCAGGCACCCACAGCAGGCUAUGAGGCAGACGUGGGCCACCGAAGUACCUUGCGUAUGGUGUCCCAUACCAGUGUCCCCCUGCUGCUGCGCAACCAGUCAUACUUCUUCCAGCAAGCAAGAGACACUGUGUAUGUGGUCUGGGGUCCUGGGAAGCGCAUGAACCGUGACCAAGGAGGCUCCACCUACAGAACCCUGCUGAAGGUCAAGGAGAUGUACCCUGGGGUGCAGCUCUAUACCCUCACUGACCACAUGAUGGCCUACUGUGACGAGGUCUUCCAGAAUGAAACGGGCAAGAACCGGAUGAAAUCGGGCUCCUUCCUGAGCACAGGGUGGUUCACCAUGAUCCUGGCCAUGGAGCUGUGUGAGCAGAUUGUAGUCUAUGGCAUGGUCAGCGACAGCUAUUGCAGAGAGAAGAGACCCCCCUCUGUGCCUUACCACUACUUUGAGAAGGGCAAGUUGGAUGAAUGCCACACUUACCUGGUCCAUGAGAAGGCACCACGGGGUGCCCAUCGAUUCAUCACUGAGAAGGCUAUUUUCUCCCGCUGGGCCAAAAAGAAGUCUAUCAUCUUUACACAUCCCUCCUGGCAGAGUGAGUAGGUCUCCUGAAUAGCCAAGUCCUCCUAGAUCCAGACAGUGGACCCAGGGCUGGGACAUCUUGCUGCUUAUCUCAGGGCGUGGCACAACCUGGUGUCCUGGGCCGCCCUACUGCCCAAGGAAAUAGAAGGCUCUCAUACUCCAUGGGGUGGAUGGACUGGUGUGUUUCUGAUACAUGACAUCCCUCUAGCCUUUGAACUCUGAACCAAACUGGGAGGAAGAAGGAAUGCUUUCCCCCCCACCCCCCACUUCCACAGUAAUUAUUUUUUUUCCUGUUUUUAAGGAAACCUACCUUGAACUUUUGAAAGUUGGACAUUUACUUGAAUUUGGAAUCCUCUGGGAUUCCAAGGGGACUUGUGGACACUACUGGGGUCCAGAGGAGGCCGGUGCUUUGGUGUGCUAGGGCCUAGUCUGGACCCUCCCUGCUAUCUCCCGGCGUACCGGAGGUCCUGGGGGCAGGGAACUGAGCUUCUGAGAUGGGGCGGGAGCUAUUGACUUGAGUGAGCUAGCAUUCUGUAGCAGGAGGGGCUGGCAGGGGUGAGGCCAGGGUGCCAGAGUCCCCUCCUCUCUGGCUUCCUCUCCCAUCUCUAUCCCCCUUCAUCAAGAGGUGCAUCAGGAAACUUUAGUGUGACCUUGAAUCUGGGUCAGACAGAGGUCAAAAUGGGCACAGCUUUUUUUGUGUCCCUUCACCAGCAUAGUGGGAUUUGACUCCAACCAGGGGAGAACUCAAGGUUACCUCCUCUGGGAAGCCUGCUCUGAUGCUCACCCCCCACCCCCAUCUCCUCAGCUCCUGUUUCAUGCCCGGCUUUUGUCUUGGAGAGCAGAGAAUUAGCAUCAGCCCCAGUAGCUUUCCUUGGCAGGCAGGUCAGAUGGGUGGCUGGAAGGUCCAGAAGAGCAGGGGACAGGGAAUGUUCAUUGACUCUUCUUGGCCACUGGGGAGCAAAACUCUGUAAGAGGCAAGACAGGCAGCUUUUAAAACUUCUCCCUUCCCCCUCCCCAGAGUCAUAGGAUCAUAGAGGGAAGAAAGGAACUUAAAUUUUCUAGGGCAGCCCUCUCCAUUUAUAGAUAAGGAACUAAAAAGCUUAGUGUGACUUUCCUCAGGUCACAUAACUAGUAAGUGGCAAGAGGCCAGAUUCAAAUCCAGGGCCUCUGACUUUAUCCUGGGACUUCAAGGAAUCCAGCAUUCCUCUCAGAUUGCCCAGGAAUCAGCAGAGCACAGGGGACCGGUGUAUUGCACACACUUCCUUAGCUGCUUGACCUUGGUAAAGUCACUUAACCUCUGCCUGUCACUUUCCUCAUCUGUAAAAAGGGGCUGAUAUUAGCAUCUACCUCCCAGGCUUGUUGUGAGGAUCCAACGAGAUAAUAUUUGUGAAGUGUUUAGCACGGCACCUGGCACCAUGAGAAUGCUGGUUAUCAUUACCGUUGCUAUUAAUUGUUCCCUCACUGGGCUAUUUGUUGACCCUCCCUAAUCAGGUCCAAGGGUUUUACAGCAGAGCUCCAUCCCUUGUUCUCUGGGAAUGAUCUGAACUGAAAACCAAAUCCUUCAGUUGAGGGCACCUCCUUCCUGGUUCAUAGUCCUAUAAUAACAGUAACAACUUAGACCUAUGUGGUGCUACGAGCGCUUUACAUGCUCCAUCUAGUUGGAGCCUCACGGCAGCCCUGUGAGGUCGGUACUAUGGGUGUUAUCAUCCCCAGUUUACAGGUGAGGGAACAGAGGCUUAGAGAAAUGAAGCCACUUGCCCCAGGGUGCUCUUCAGAACUGAGAUUUCAAGGAAUACAGAUAAAGGCCUCGUACCAGCCCCACAUCAUCAAAUUCCCACAGCCAGUAAGUUUCAAGGGUGGGGAUUUGAACCAAGGUCUGCCUGACUCCAAGUCAGCCAUAGCCAUUCAGCUCAUUCCACCAGCAGGCUCUCUUGGUAAGCUCCUAAGCCCUGGGGCCAGCAGCCCUGUCUGUGGAGGUGUAGCUCACAGCAUCAUGGGACUGAAGCUAGCAGGGCUAUUAGAGAUGUUUUAUACAUGAAGAAAGUUAGUGUCAUACAGGGGAAAUGACUUUCCCAAGGUUCCAUAGGGGAAUAGCAAGUCAAAUCUCACUGUGGACCCCAUCCAGCUUUCCCUGGUAUUGUCCCCUGGGGUCAAGAGUGCUGCCAGGGCUACCCGGUCUGGCCAAAUGUCCCAGCAUCUGACGCUACUGUUGUUUAGACUUGACGUUUCCCUUGCUGUGGGCCUAUACCCGUACCCUGGGCUGACUGGGCCGAUGGCUACCAUGCGGUAUUGGGAGUACAGAUUCCUCGUAUGAAGAGCCCUGUUCCCUGGGAUGAAAAUGAGGCCUCAGAGUCCCACGGUAAAUGCCCUGACAUUGAAUUGUGGGAUUUGGAGCUAAAAGGGACCUUAGAGAUCAUCUAGUUCAACCCUGCCUCAUUUGACAGAUGAGGAAACUGAGGCCCAAAGCGAUUUGCCCAAGGCCACAUGGGCAGCCUGUAGCAGAGCCAGGAUUUAAACCCAGAUUCUCAGACUCCAAAGCUAGUGUUCUUUCUAGUGAUUACCACAGCUGCCUCCACCUCCUCAUCCUAUCCCCGUUUUGACCCAGGAAGUGGCAUGCAAAUUCAGAAGCUCUUUCAAACACGUGUACAUCCCAGAUGGAGGUUGAGCUCCAGCCACCUCCCAUGAAGGGGAGAACUCUGGAAACUUCCCAGAAGCUGACUUCGUCAGUCAAUCAGCCCAAGAGCUGAAAGGAUCCCUUUAACUCACCAGUAUCCCCUUCCUUGAGUUACAAAGUGUCCUUGGAUCAAAUACCAAAGCGAUUUGUCAAUAAAGUCACUUUGAAUGCUG